AUGGCAGGGCGGCUCCUCGGCGCUGGCGCGCAGUGGGCUGCGGCCAUCAGCGGACAGGCGCUGGGCACCUGGCUGGGCGGGACCAGCCAGGGGCACGGGUGCGAGUGCUCCUGCCACUUCGAGACCUCGCCAGACGAGGCGCUGAUCGGGCUGCUCAAGGGGCAGCUGGACAGGGCGUUGGAGAGCCUAUCGAUCGGGUGCAGGGUCCUCGCCUACUACGAUCGCGACGACAACUACUGGCAUGAAAGAUAUAUCAUCGGAAAGGUUACCGACACGCGCUUCAUUGUGGUCACCCCACACUUCGACAUCUACGAGGAGGACUUCUCGGAGAGUCUCGCUCUCUGCCUCAUCGGCCCCCGAGGGGGGCUGCCCACCAAGCUCAAUGGGCACGUCCUGCGCCUGGACAUGGACAGGUUCAGACGCAACGAGGCGCGACUUCUCGGGGAGGGCCGUCAGCUGGCCAAGGAGAUCCGCGAGGAGCGGGCUGGCUACAGACCCGGAGACGAGGUCGGGCUGCGGCAGCCCGAGGUCGUGCUGGGCGACCGUGGCGUCUGCGAGCUCACCGACGGCACCGCGCUGGCCGUGGCCAAAGAGGGGACGCUGGAGAGCACCGCCACGCCACGGGCGACAGCCGAGCAGGACUUGCGAACGCUUCCUGUCAGGUACGACGCGCGUGGCAUCCGCGGCAGAGACUUCACCGAUGCGGUGGAUCGGAUGUCCUCGACCGCCAUGCCCGACUGGCCUAUCAAGGGCCCCCGCACGACCCUGUGGCUGGUGCAGCAGUUCAGGCGGCUCGGUCAGACACCCUUGCAGCGGCAUCAGUGGUGGCGCCAGACUCAGAACCUCACGGCAGCGGAUGCAGGCGUUGACGAGCAUCAGUUCUUGUCGGAGCUCCUCGAGAUGGGGGCUCAAACGGACCAGCUUAAUGAAGGUGAGCUGGCAGUGUACGAGACGGUCGCGAGGCGCUACCAGCUCUGGGAGGAGAUCUACGCCAACAGGCUGCGCGAGCACGAGAGCGGUGCGCUGCGCAGCUCAGGGAGUUCGGCGUGGCUGGAUGAGCGCGAGAUCUUCCUGGGCCAGGAGCGGGGCAGAGGAGGAGCGCUCGUCUGCCCUGAGCUGCAGACCUGGGUGGCGGAGCGCCUCCAGGCCGAGGCAGCGGUGCUCAAGGAGCGCCGCAAGGGUCGCGAGGAGAAGAUCCUGGCUCGCGGUAAGUGGCUUGGUCGCCCGCCUGCCCCCGAGCGGUCGACUAUUUUCAAGGGGAGGCGCCGCGUGGGCGCUAUGUUUUCUGAUGAGGACGUCGGAGGCCGUCAUCGAGACCUUCUGCCGAUUCCUGUUGGCGCAGAGCUUCGUUCCUUGCUCAGUGGUGAAGGCGCAUGGGGCACCUCUCCAUCGGCGAAGCGGAGAUCAGCCACAAGGAGGCGGCAGGACCAGUGGCUUCUCGAGGGCAUCGCCUCCCUCAAUGAGCUGGGCGGGCAGGGGCGACAGGUGCCCAGCCACGCCCCGCUGACGGCGGCCCAACGUGUUGCCGUGCGGCGGCUGGCCUCGCUUUACGGCAAGUGGUCUCCGCCCGUUGAUCGUCCAAGUCCCCAUGCGGCAUGGUCGUUGCUGCAGGGUCUCAGGCCUGGCUACUCUGAAGCCGAGGCCGCAGGUGCUCGAACAGUCUACCAGCGGGGGAACAUCUCGCUUCCCAAGAUCGGCGCUGGCAAGGUCCCCCUCGUGGACGUCCUUCCUGCUGAUCUGCAAUCCAAGCUGGAGUCUGGGCGCGGGCUGUUGCGUUCCCCUGAGGAGGCAGCAGCGCUAAUUCGUGAUGCAGGUGCUCCUCGCGCCAUGGAUCCAAAGCUGGGCCGCCUGGGCUACGACUAUGGCCACGCGCUGGGCGAGCUCUUCGCCUCGGGGGUCAUCGAGUGCAGCUCAGAGCCGGUGCUCGAAGAGGCGGGCAUGUUCUUCGUCGCCCGCAAGGAUAAGCGGCUGCGUCUCAUCUGCGACACCAGGACUCCCAACAUGCACUUCACUGUUCCUAACCACACCGCCCUUGCGACGGGCGAGGCUCUCUCCUCGCUGGAGGCGUCGGGGGUGAACUUCAUCGGCAUGAGUUCUGGAGAUGUUGACUGCUGUUUCUAUCAAUACUCACUUCCGCCCUGGUGUAGGCGCUACUUCAACCUGCCGACUAUUCAGAGUCGCUUCUUGCCGCUCGAGGUCAGGAACGCCUGUGGGUUGUCAGGGAAGAGCGGCCAGGUCCGUUUUCGUUUCAAGGUCGUGCCGAUGGGCUGGAACUGGGCCGUUCACUUCAUCCAGGAGGCUCACCUCCACAUCGUCAAGUCAGUUUUGCCGUCCCAGCCGUGGUGCGUGGACAAGCACCCGGGGAUAGACCUGAGCGUGGAGGACGCCAAGGUUUUGUAUAUCGACAAUUUCGCCGUGCUGUCUGCCUCGCCCCAGCGCGCUGCCCAGGCCGCCUAUGACAUGAAGGCGGCACUCGCGGCCAAGGGAGUGGUGUCCGAGUUGGACCCCCAGGCCAGCGAGGUGGGCGAGCUGCUCGGGUGCGAGCUUGACCUUCGCACAGGCUGCUGGCAGGUGUCUGGCCGCCGUCUGUGGCGCCUGUAUGGCGCGCUCGAACACCUUCUCUCCCGGAGAGUCAAGGUCUCGGGCCAGGAGCUGGAGCGCCUGAUUGGUCACAUCGUGGCAGCGUUCAUGCUGCGGCGUGAAGGUCUGGCUUUGCUUCAUUCUUCGUACGAGUUCGUGCAGGCCUCCUACACCAAGCGGCAGCCCCUCUGGAAGAGCGUCCUCCGCGAGCUGGGCUGGGUCAAGGCGCUCCUGCCCUGCCUCAGGUCGGACACCAGACGGCCCUGGUCGGAGCUCGUCACGUGCUUCGACGCCUCCCCUUGGGGGUAUGGAGUCGUCGAGACCGAGUGGGACCUGGGCGACGUGCAGCGCGUGGGGAGGGUGUCUGAGCGCGCCCGCUUCAGAGGCGUGCUCGCGACCGAGGGCGCGCCUCGCGAGAGGGCGUUCGAGCACGAGGUCGCCUGCGCGCCCGACCCCGCCCUGCUGCUCGUCGGGCGCGCCACCCGCUUUCCGGAGGUCAGCCACAGCACGCUGCAGUCCAGGACCUGGCGAGUGGUAGGCUGCGGAAGGUGGAAGCGGAAGGAAGCCAUCCACGGGCUCGAGGGCGCCGCCCUUACCUGGGCCGUGAGGCGGGCCGGCAGAGAUGCGCGUCAGCACGGCGCCCGCAGGCUUUUUCUGGGCGACAACAUGUCUCUCACCCUUGCGGCUGCAAAGGGUCGAGCGGCUAAUCAUCGUCUUCUGGGAGUCUGUCGUGUGCUGCUUGCUGUGGGUAUUGCCGCCGAUCUUAAAAUCCAGGUGAGGUGGAUUCCGUCCGAGUGGAACCCAAGUGAUGCACCCUCCCGUCGCUUUCAGCCCAAGCCUCGUGGCCCCGACGGGGUCCCCGCGGCUGCCGACGCCGGGCGGGAUGGAGGUGGCGACGCUGCAGGCAAAGCUGCCGACGCCGGCGAGCCCAGCGAGGCGGCCCCGCCCCCGCUCCGCCCUUCGCGAGCGGAGCUUGCGCAGGAGCCGUUCGCCCUGCAGCCGCACGGUGGAGCGCCUGACGGUGCAGCAGCCGCGGGGCAAUGGCAGCCCCCCUACGGGUCGCCCGCAGGCGCGGGCGCGGUGGCGCUCACCUCGUCGCCAGGCCCGCGCGGCAGGCGUCCCGGCGCUGGCUGGGCCAAGGAGCAGGCUCGUCGCGGCUGGGCGGCGCGCAAGGCAGACCUCGACCAGAGGAGGCGGCGCCUGUGCCCCCGCCAGACGCGGCUUGCGGCGGCCAAGGUGCGCUUCGCCACGCAGCAGCUGUAUCUUGGAGCUGUCCUUGGUCUGGUUCGCUGGCUGUGUCUGGGCUGCCUCCCGGACUGGAGCCGCCAGACCUGGGACGAGACCCUCGCCGAGUACAUCGAGUCGAUCUACGACAGGGGGGGCUCGAAGGCGUCGACGCAGCGGCUGGCCCCAGCACUGUUGUGGGCGGAGCCCCACCUGCAUACGGCUGGUAUCCGCGAAGUCUUCCCGCUGACCCACCAGACGCUGCGAGGAUGGGGGGUGCUGGAGCCCUCCAAGUCCAGGCCGCCCGUGCCGUACCUCGUGAUGCUGGCGGCGGCAACCUGGCUGUGCCAAGCUGGAAAACCGUUGAGCGCCCUCGCCAUCGUGAUAAUGUUCGAGACCUACAUGCGCCCGUCGGAGGUUCUGGCUUUGCGAGCCCGCCAGGUGGUGCUCCCCCUUCCGGAGGAAGGUGGCGCCUCAGCCUUUCUGACCUUUGUGGUGCGAGCAUCGGAGUACGAGGUCCCCACAAAGACCAACGAGUACGACCUCUCAGUGCCCCUCGACCUCCAGAGGCAACAGUGGCUGGUGAAGCCGAUCUCCUUCGUUCAAGCCCUUCGCGAGCCCGACGCGCUGUUCCUGGGCCUGAGCUACACAGAGCUGGCGGAGGACUUCCAGAGCGCGAUCGAGGCUCUGGAUGUGGGUGUACUCAGGCCCACCCUCUACUCCCUCCGGCAUGGAGGGGCCAGCCAGGACCGCAGCAUGGGCGUCAGAAGCUUAGGCGGCGUCCAGCAGCGCGGGGGAUGGAAGACGUUCAAGUCAGUGCUCAGGUACGAGAAGCAUGGCCGUCUGUCCCUCGAGCUUCGCAAGCUGUCGUCCAGGCAGCGCGAGGCCCUGCGAGCCAGAGGACGGGACUGCGCGCUCGCCUUCAACAAGUCCUUAGUGCUGCACUUCGCUCCGCACCGCACCAGUCCCGUGUAUGCAUAG